AUCUAGAUAUGACAGGAUCUCCUCUGAAGUGUCCCUUCAUGCUAUCCAAGGAAGACACGGACUUUUCACCAUUCACAGUUUCACUAUCGCAGUCAAGAGAGAAGAAAUAUUUUCUCUCCUACACACCGAUUAGUUGUACGAAGGCUACACUGAUAGCUUCCAAGUUCAAUUUGGCACUGACUAAGAUGUCCAGUGACAUCAAACAAUACUUAUCACUGUGGGUUGUUUGUGAUGGCAAAGAUUCUCAGGGAAUGUACUUCCUCGGAUUUCAACGUAAUGGAGACAAAAUGACUCGCACAAUAGUUACAGCAUCAGGGCCAUACCAAGGUUCAGAAAAUUUACCAUCCUUAGAUCAUAUGAAGAUGCACCACACAGCAAUUGGUCCAACAAAGAGGGUGGAAAGUGCAGUGGAAGCAGCCUUUAAUGUGCUGACCAGUGAUGAAGAUAACAAAAAAUCAAGUUUAAAGCUAAUCUGCAGUUGGAAGAAGCCUCUUGCUAUACUCUCUCCCCCUGCUCCAAAUGCAAAUACCAUGGCA